AUGGAGCAGCUUCCAAAGGAAACUGUUUUGGAAAGCAGUGGGCCAAAGGUGUUGGAAACAGCUGAAGAGAUCCAGAAGCGGCGUCAGGAAGUGUUGGCUCGUUAUGAGAGGUUCAAAGAGCUGGUUGCUGAGAGAGGUCAAAAGCUUGAAGAUUCCUAUCACUACCAAGUUUUCAGGCGGGAUGCAGAUGACCUGGAAAAGUGGAUCAUGGAGAAACUCAAGAUUGCAGGAGAUAAGAGCUAUGAAGACCCAACUAACAUACAGGGGAAAUAUCAGAAACAUGAAUCCUUUGAAGCAGAGGUACAAGCAAAAUCAAGGGUCAUUCCUGAACUGGAAGAAAUCAGGGAAGUCCGAUUUGCUGAAGGGCAUUUUGCCCAUGAAGACACAAAGGCUCAUCUGGAAGAGCUGCGCCGCCUCUGGAACCUACUGUUAGAGCUGACUCAAGAGAAAGGUUACCUGCUGCUACAGGUUCUGAAACUCCAGAAGUACUUACAAGAGUGUGCUGAUAUCUUAGAGUGGAUUGGAGACAAGGAGGCUAUAGUAACAUCAGUGGAACUGGGUGAUGACUGGGAACGUACAGAGGUUCUACAUAAGAAGUUUGAAGAGUUUCAAGUUGACCUAGCAGCUCGGAAGGGGAGAGUGGAUGGAGUGAACCAAUAUGCCAAUGAGUGUGCUGAGGAGAACCACCCUGAGCUGCCUUUGAUUAAGUCAAAGCAGGAUGAGGUAAAUGCUGCCUGGGAGCGUCUCCAUGGACUGGCACUUCAGCGACGCAAAACUCUAACUGAUGCUACAGACAUACAGCGAUUUAAAAGGGAUGUGACUGAAGCCAUCCAGUGGAUCAAGGAGAAGGAGCCUCUUCUCACCUCUGAGGAUUAUGGCAAAGACCUUGUUACUUCUGAGGCCCUGUUCCACAGUCAUAAGGGGCUUGAGCGGAAUCUUGCAGUCAUGGAAGACAAGGUCAAGGAGUUGUGUGCAAAAGCAGAGAAGCUGAAUGUCUCCCAUCCUUCAGAUGCACCUCAGAUUCAGAAUAUGAAAGAGGAUCUGGUCUCCAACUGGGAAUACAUUCGUGCCUUAGCUACUAAGAGAUACACAAAGUUACAAGCUUCUUACUGGUACCAGCGGUUCUUAUCUGAUUAUGAUGAACUCUCAGGCUGGAUGAAGGAGAAGACUGCCCUGAUCAAUGCUGACGAGUUACCUACAGAUGUGGCAGGUGGGGAAGCCCUACUGGACAGGCACCAGCAGCAUAAGCAUGAGAUUGAAUCUUAUGAUGAUCGAUUUCAAUCUGCUGAGGAGACUGGUCAAGACCUGCUGGAUGCCAAUCAUGAAGCUUCACAGGAAGUUGAGGAAAAGAUGACAACACUUGCCAACAAUCGGGAAGCCCUGAUGGGACUGUGGCACACGCGUCAGAAUCAAUAUGAGCAGUGCUUGGAUUUGCACCUGUUCUACCGAGACAGUGAACAAGUAGACAGCUGGAUGAGCAGACAAGAGGCCUUCCUGGAUAAUGAAGAUCUGGGAAACUCUCUGGGAAGUGUAGAGGCCCUUCUUCAGAAGCAUGAUGACUUUGAGGAAGCAUUUACUGCCCAGGAAGAGAAGAUUACAACCUUAGACAAGACAGCAACCAAACUGAUUGAUAAUGAUCAUUAUGAUUCAGAGAACAUUGCUACUAUACGAGACUCGUUGUUGGCCAGGCGGGAUGUCUUACGUGAAAGGGCUGCCACUCGACGUGGAAUGCUGGAGGAUUCAUUGCUUCUGCAACAACUGUAUCAGGACUCAGAUGACCUAAAGAACUGGAUCAACAAGAAGAAAAAGUUGGCAGAUGAUGAAGAUUACAAGGAUAUACAGAAUCUGAAAAGUCGAGUACAAAAGCAGCAAGUCUUUGAAGAAGAAUUGGCAACUAAUGAAAUUCUACUCAAUAACUUGGAGAAAACUGGCAAGGAAAUGAUUGGGAGAAAUCACUAUGCUUCUGACAAGGUGGAGGUCCGUUUGAAUGAAGUUGUCAGUCUCUGGAAGGAAUUGUUGGAUGCAACAGCACAAAAAGGGACCCAGUUGCAAGAUGCUAACAAGCAGCUGCAAUUUGAAAAUAAUGCAGAAGAUCUAGAACGCUGGCUUAAGGAGGUGGAGUUGCAGGUGACCUCUGAGGAUUACGGGAGAGGCCUGGCAGAUAUCCAGAACCUGCUCAGGAAACAUGGCCUCCUGGAAUCAGCUGUGGCUACUCGUCAGGAUCAAGUGGACACCCUCACAGACCUGGCUGCAUAUUUUGAAGAAACAGACCACCCUGAUGCUAUGGACAUACGUGCAAAGCAGGAGUCCUUGUUGUCAAGGUUUGAAGCCCUGAAAGAGCCUCUAGUAACCCGGAAAAAUGAACUCAUUGAUCGCCUCCGCUUGCAACAGAUCUGCAGAGACACUGAGGAUGAGGAAGCCUGGAUCCAAGAAACAGAACCCUCAGCAGCUUCCACUCAUCUUGGUACAAACUUGAUUUCCUCCAAGAAUCUCCUGAAUAGGCAUCAAGUUAUCCUAUCCGACAUUGCCAGCCAUGAGCCACGCAUUCGCGUGAUAACAGAGAGAGGAAACAAAAUGGUAGAGGAAGGACACUUUGCUGCAGAAGAUGUGGCCUCUAGAGUGAUGAGUUUGAAUAAGAAUAUGGAGUCUCUACAGGCUCGGGCUAAUAGAAGGCAAAAUGAUCUUGAGGCUAAUGUCCAGUUACAGCAAUACUUGGCUGAUCUGAAUGAAGCAGAAGCAUGGAUUAGAGAGAAAGAACCUAUUGCAAGCAAUACUAACUAUGGUGCUGAUGAAGAAACAGCUGGGGCUCUCCUAAAGAAGCAUGAGGCUUUCAUCGUGGAUCUCAAUGCAUUUGGAAAUAGUAUGCAAGCUCUGAGAGAUCAGGCAAAAGCCUGCCAGCAACAACAAGCUGCACCAGUGGAGGGAGCUGGUCGAGAAGAGAGGGUUAUGGCUUUAUAUGAUUUCCAGGCCCGCAGCACCAGAGAAGUCACCAUGAAGAAAGAUGAUGUCUUAACUUUGCUUAGUUCCAUCAAUAAGGAUUGGUGGAAGGUGGAAAGUGAUGAUCACCAGGGAUUUGUCCCAGCUGUCUAUGUCAGAAAAUUGGCCCAUGAUGAGUUCCCAAUGCUUCCCCGGAGGCGGAGAGAAGAGCCAGGCAGCAUUGCCAGGCGCCAGGAGUAUAUUGAGGACCAGUACCACACCCUCCUUGAUCUAGCUGGUGAACGCAGGCGUCGUCUACGGCAACGUUACAAUGAAUUUCUGCUGGCUUAUGAGGCAGGGGAUAUGCUGGACUGGAUCCGAGACAAGAAGGAAGAGAACACUGGGGUGGAACUAGAUGAUGUUUGGGAGUUGCAAAAAAAAUUCGAUGAGUUCCAAACGGAUUUGAAGACCAAUGAGCCUCGGCUAAGGGAAAUCAAUAAAGUAGCUGACAAUCUACUAUUUGAAGAUCUUCUAACACCAGAAGGAGCUCAAAUUCGACAGGAAGUGAAUACCCGCUGGGGUUCCCUGCAGAGACUGGCGGAGGAACAGCGCCAGCUUCUGGGCAGUGCCCAUGCUGUCCAGAUGUUUCACAGGGAAGCAGAUGACACAAAGGAGAAGAUUGAAAUGAAGUGUCAGGCCCUCAGUGCUGCUGAUCCUGGCUCAGACCUGCUCAGCGUUCAGGCCCUUCAACGACAGCAUGAGGCCUUCCAUCGAGACCUCCUGCCUUUGGGGGAAAAGGUGACCAAUCUGGGGGAAACAGCAGAGCGACUCAUGGAGUCCCAUCCAGAUGCAACUGAGGACCUGCAGAGGCAGCGGCAAGAGUUGAAUGCUGCCUGGGAAGACCUGUUGGGACGUACGGAGGAUCGUAAGGAGAACUUAAAUGAGUCCCAGAAAUUCUACCUCUUCCUCAGCAAGGCCAGGGAUCUUCAGAAUUGGAUCAGCGGUAUUGGUGGUAUGGUAUCAUCACAGGAACUGGCUGAGGACUUAACUGGCACAGAGAUCAUGCUGGAGCGACACCAGGAGCACCGAGCUGACAUGGAGGCUGAGGUCCCAGCCUUUCAGGCAUUAGAGGACUUUGGUGCAGAACUUAUAGCCAGUGAUCACCGUGACAGCCUGGAGAUUGAGAGAAAGCUUCAGGAUGUCAGACAAGAGAGAAAUGACUUAGAGAGAGCUUGGGAACAACGCAAGAAGAUGCUAGACCAGUGCCUGCAGUUGAAGUUAUUCCAAGGAGACUGUGAUCAAGCUGAGAGCUGGAUGAUGGCACGUGAGAACCUCUUGCGGUCAGAUGACAAAGGCUCCUUAGAGAGUCUAGAGGCCUUGAUGAAAAAACGUGAUGACUUGGAUAAGGCAAUCACUGCUCAGGAACAGAAGAUCACUGACCUAAAAAAUUUUGGUGAACGACUCAUAGCUGAUGAGCAUUAUGCCAAGGAGGAGAUUGCUUCUCGGCUCCAACGGGUGCUAGACAGGUGGAAUGCUCUCAAAGCUCAGCUAAUUGUUGAGAGAACAAAGCUUGGCGACUAUGCUGACUUGAAGCAGUUUUACCGUGACCUCGAGGACCUAGAGGAAUGGAUCAGCGAGAUGCUGCCCACAGCCUGUGAUGAAUCCUACAAAGACCCUACCAACAUCCAGAGGAAAUAUAUGAAGCAUCAGACCUUUGAAAAUGAGGUCAAUGGCCGAGCUGAGCAGGUGGAAGCAGUUAUCAACCUGGGGAACUCAUUGAUUGAACGAGGGGCCUGUGAUGGCAAUGAAGAAACCAUGAAGGGACAACUGGAAGACCUAGAAAAACACUGGGACCUAUUGCUUGAGAAAACAAUUGACAAAGGGCAGAAGCUGGAUGAGGCCAGUCGCCAGCAAAGGUUUAACACUGGAAUCCGAGAUUUUGAAUUCUGGCUGUCAGAGGCAGAGACCCUUCUUGCGAUGAAAGAUCAGGCUAGGGACUUGGCUUCUGCUGGCAAUCUGCUCAAGAAGCAUCAAUUAUUGGAAACAGAGAUGCUGGCCCGCAAUGAUGCCCUCAAGGACUUGAAUGAAUUGGCUUCUGAACUGCUCUCCAGUGGGACAUUCAAUGAGGACCAGAUUGUGGAGAAAAGGGAUAGUGUCAAUAAGCGUUUCUUGAAUGUACAAGAUUUGGCAGCUGCACACCAUGAAAAACUAAAAGAAACUUAUGCCUUAUUCCAGUUCUUUCAGGAUCUAGAUGAUGAGGAAUCCUGGAUAGAGGAGAAAUUGGUGCGUGUGAAAUCCCAGGACGAUGGGAGGGAUCUGCAAGGUGUUCAGAACUUACUGAAGAAGCACAAGCGCCUCGAGGGAGAGCUGGUGGCACAUGAGCCAGCCAUUAAGAGAGUGUUGGAUAUGGCAGAGACGCUGGGAGACAAGGACGCUGUGGGACGAGAGGAGAUCCAGGAGCGACUGGCACAGUUUGUUGAACACUGGGAGAAACUGAAAGAGUUGGCCAAGGCUCGAGGGAUCCGGUUGCAAGAGUCUCUAGAAUACUUGCAAUUCAUGGAGAAUGCUGAGGAAGAGGAGGCUUGGAUGGAUGAAAAGGAAGCUAUGGUUGCCCGAGGGGAAUCUGGAGACACACUGGCUGCUACUCAGAGUUUGUUAAAGAAGCAUGAAGUUCUGGAUAGUGACUUUGCCAUCCAUGAGUUCCGAGUACAAAAUGUGUGCACUCAAGGAAAAGAUAUCCUGAGCAAGGUGAGUCAAUCCAAGGAUUGCAAAGAGGAGAUUUCUGCUAAGCUUGAGUCUCUGAAUGAAAAGACUCCUGUACUGGCCAAAGCAAUAAAUGCAUGGAAGCUGCAGCUGGAGGAUGAUUAUGCUUUUCAGCAGUUUAACUGGAAGGCUGAUGUGGUAGAGGCCUGGAUAGCCGAGAAGGAAAAAAGCCUGAAGAUCAAUGGUAAUGGUACAGACCUAGCUGCCUUCCUCACUCUACUGGCAAAGCAGGAUACUCUGGAAGCCAGCCUGCGAAGCUUCCAGCAGGAGAGGCUGUCUGAGAUCACGGACCUGAAGGACCAGCUGGUAGCAGCCCAGCACAGCCAAACCAAAGCCAUUGAGGAGCGCCAUGCUGCUCUCCUGAGGCGCUGGGAACAGCUGCUGGAGGCAUCUGCAGCCCACAGACAGAAGCUGCAGGAUAAGCAGUUGCCCUUACAGAAGGCUGAGGAGCUAUUUAUGGAAUUUGCGAACAAGGCUUCAGCUUUCAACAAUUGGUGUGAGAAUGCAGAGGAAGAUCUAUCAGAGCCUGUACACUGCAUCUCCCUGAAUGAGAUCCGGCAGCUACAGAAAGACCAUGAGGUCUUCUUGGCCUCCUUGGCUGAUGCUCAAGCUGACUUCAACCAUUUGCUGGAGUUAGACAGCCAGAUUAAGGCCCUGAAUAUGCCAUCCAGUCCUUAUACCUGGUUAACAGUGGAGGUGCUAGAAAGGUUCUGGAAACGCCUGCUUGGCAUUGUCAAGGAACGUGAACAGGAGUUGCAAAAAGAGGAAGCAAGACAGGUCAAGAACUUUGAGAUGUGCCAGGAAUUUGAACAGAAUGCCAGUGCCUUCCUGCAGUGGAUCUUAGAGACCAGAGCAUAUUUUCUGGAUGGAUCUUUACUGAAGGAAACAGGAACUUUGGAAGCUCAAUUGGAAGCUAAUAAAAGGAAACAGAAGGAGAUCCAGGCUAUGAAGCGCCAGCUGACCAAAAUUGAGGAACUUGGGGAAAACUUGGAAGAUGCGCUGAUUCUUGACAUAAAAUACAGCACCAUUGGUCUGGCUAAGCAGUGGGACCAACUCUAUGAAUUUGGGAUGCGAAUGCAACACAACCUGGAACAACAGAUCCAAGCCAAGGACACAAUUGGUGUGAGUGAAGAGACACUAAAGGAAUUUAGCACAACCUUUAGACAUUUUGAUGGGGAUUUGACAGGGCGCUUGACUCAUAAGGAUUUCCGGUCCUGCCUAAGAGGACUCAAUUACUACCUGCCAAUGGUGGAGGAGGAUGAACCUGAGCCCAAGUUUGAGAAGUUUCUCAAUGUUGUUGACCCAGGGAGGAAAGGUUAUGUUUCAUUGGAGGACUACACUUCAUUCCUGAUCGACAAAGAGUCAGAGAACAUCAAAUCCAGUGAUGAAAUAGAGGAUGCCUUCCAUGCCCUGGCAGAGGGCAAGUCUUAUAUUACCAAAGACGACAUGAAACAGGCCCUAACUCCAGAACAAGUGUCCUACUGUACUUCACAUAUGCAACAAUAUGUGGACCCACGAGGUCGAAGUCACCUUGCUGGCUAUGACUAUGUUGGCUUUACCAAUUCCCACUUUGGUAGCUGA